AUGGAAAUGACAAAAGAAAUGACUACCCAGGCCGAGCAUAGGAAUGGACAAGAGCGAGCUGCUGCUGCUGCUACAACUAUGACUACCACUGCUGCUGCUGCUAUUGAUAUGAAGGUGAUAGAGGUAGCAGAAUUGUCGAUGGCACCGAGUACCAAAUGUAAACCGUCUAUGGCAAAGACAAGGUCAAUGGCGCCUCACUCUCAUUGGCCUUCAUUCUGUGCUGGCUUCAUUUCACUAUUGACACAGCUCGGGUGCGUUCUCUUCCGUCGGGGGGUACUUCUAGCACCACUAGCACCACCAGCACCACCACCGCCAUCAUCAUCAGCAGCAGCAGCAGCAUCAGCGCCGGCGGCAGCGGCAACAGCAAUGGCGGAGGCAGCACUGGUAACAGAAUAUUAA